AUGAUUAUUUCUUUUUCCGAGUGCGUCAUCUUGUUUACCGUAUUCAUCACCGAGUGUGUUGUUAUAGUAACGGUGAAUCUCCUUUCCAUCAUUCUUUUCAUAAAGAACAAAAGCCUUCGCACUCGCAGCAUGUACUUGGUCAUGAGCUUAACUGUGGCCGACUUGUUGGUUGGAAGUCUUUCCGGAAGUGUUGAUAGUUUUUAUAGCCAAAACCGUUAUUGUCCCUUUGUAAAAAAAUAUUCUUUAUCUAGGGAAGUUAGAAUUGCAUUUCUUGUUCUUAUCCCUCUCUUUCCUUUUGUCUCCCUGACAAACAUAACUGUGAUUUCUUUAGAGCGAUUUCACGCUACGUUUUGUCCAUUUAGGCAUCGGCUGAUCAAGAGAUGGGUCUUUUUGGUAGCAAUUGCUGUUGUCUGGGUUUUAUCUAUUAUUACAUUAGUCAUUGUGGGGAUAGAAUAUUUUCUGAUGACAAGCCACCACUUGUUGGCAUCAUACUGUUGUUUGUGUUUAAUUGUUACCUUUGUUUCUUACACGUCCAUUCUGUUUAAGUUUCGUUUUGGAGCUCACCCUCAGCGCCAUUGUGCAGCUGCUUUAAGACAAAGAAAACUAACUGUCACAUUAUUUAUAACAACUUUAGUAUCUUUACUGUUGUGCUUACCAUACAGUAUAUUAUAUCUUCUUGCUGACCGGUCAUCUUAUAGAAGUUUUAAUUCCCUUUCUGACCCAGAAAGAAUUCGUUUGUUUUCUUCACUGAAUUUUUUGCGUUAUGCAAACUCCGUUGUAAAUCCUAUUUUAUAUGCAGUCAGGAUGCCAGACUUUAAAAAAGCUCUGCUCUCAUUGUUCAGACGUCCGCAAAGAGAAAAUGUUGCUAUCCCGCUGAGUCGUUACUAA